AUGUACAACUUCACUUCCCGUGAUGAGAUCUACCAAUCAUUCAACAACAACGAAUUCGAAAUCUGUCAAAUGGUCAUGCCCUUGACGCGCGAUAGCGAAGGCCAUACCUACGUUGUACACGCAAACGGACAACGCUCACACUAUGUCUUAGACGACUUCACCGAUCCCUGGAAGCCUUCAGAGACGAUACUCAUCCAACACGGCUUUGGUCGACAUGCCGCGUUUUGGUAUCAUUGGGUUCCUGUCCUGGCACGGCGAUACCGGGUGAUUCGACGAGAUCUCAGAGGACAUGGUCGCUCGUCAUGCGCGUCCCCCGAACAAAAGGACAGCUACAAGUACGACGUGGAUACAAUCCUGGGAGAAAUCGUCGAUACCCUGGAUCAACUUGGUGUGCAAAAGGUGCAUUUCCUUGGAGAAUCAACGAGCGGCAUGUUGGGCGAGAUAUUCGCAGCCAAACACCCAGACAGAAUUCACAGUUUGACUGUAUGUUCAUCGCCGACAUAUCUCCCACCUGCAGCAUUGAAGCUCUUCGCCUUCGACAAGCAAGAUUGGCCUACUGCUUGUAGAGAGCUAGGUUCACGGGCAUGGGCGGAAGCCUUGUCGCGGAUUCCCGGCACUAUCCCCAUCUCCGAUCCGUCUUAUUUGCCAUGGUACUUGUCACAGAUUGCGAUAAGCAGCGGUGAAGGACUGGCACAGUAUGCCGAAUUCCUGUCGCACCUCGAUGCUCGGCCUUUUCUCCAGCAGAUACAUGUGCCCACGUUGAUCUUGGCACCGACGGAGAGUGUGGCUGUUACUGUGCAAGAUAUGGAGAAGUUGGCGGAGAUGGUGGAGGGGAGUAGGUUGGAGUUUGUGGAGGGAGGCGGUCACGAGAUUUAUGUCACCAGGGCUGGAAAAUGUCAGGACCUGUUUCUUGCGUUUCUGGAGUCUUUGCGGAUGUGA